AUGGUGAAUCGCUGUUUCAAGUCCAUUAUCUUAGGAGGAGAAAAGCUUUAUAAGCUAAGGAGGAAGUUAGGCAUCGUUGAAUAUUGGGUUUACUUCUCAUGUAAUAGUGCGGAAUGGGAGGCCUUUGAUACAGUUGGGCGUAAAUAUAGGGGUUUACCACCCAAUUCAGCUAGUGAAUGCUUCAAGUGCUGUGACAUGGAGUCGCUAGCUGUGGCUACCGAACUUCUCGUCUUCGGUAGGGAUGUCCAAUCACUUAGUGUUUACAAGUAUAGUGUAGUAACGGACUCAUGGGUAGAAGGAGUGACUCCAAACACCCCAAGUGUGGUUAUGGACGAGAAAUUUUAUGCAAUCGAGGGGAUUGGGCUUGGGAAGAAAGGUAUAGACGGUGAAGUUGGUAACCCGAAAGUGCUUACAUCCGGCGAGGUAUUUGAUAUGAAGACCAAUGUUUGUGUGGAAAUUCCGAACAAGCUUCCUGGACACAUUGUAGCGGGAGUUGAUGAAUAUGCUCUUGCAGCCACGACGUCGCCUCCUUUACUUGCUGUUGUGAAGAAUGAUUUGUACGUAAAAAAUCACGACGAAAUGCUUUUGAAGAAAUACAACAAGAGCCUGAAUAUUUGGACGACAAUCGGUAGAUUAUCGGAAAAGGCCUCCUCGACAAAUGGUUGGGGAUUACCGUUUAGAGGUUGGGUGAUUUACUCAUAG